GUCACUUCCGGUUGGGCCCGGGGCCCUGCGCGGUCCCGUUUCCCUCUUCCCUCAGGGUUCGGCCCGGUCCGGUCCGAACGGCGGCGGCGGAGGCAUGGAGAAACUGCGGAAAGUGCUGACCGGGCAGGACGAUGAGGAACAGGGAUUGGUGACGCAGGUCCUGGAUGCCUCAACACUCAGCUUUGGUACCCGGGUCAGGUGGUUUGCCAUAUGUUUUGUUGCUGGUGUUGUGUGUUCUAUCCUUGGAACAGCAUUGCUGUGGCUCCCACAGGGGAUCAAACUUUUUGCAGUGUUUUACACCCUGGGAAAUAUUGUUGCAUUAGCCAGCACAUGUUUCCUGGUGGGGCCAGUGAAGCAACUGAAAUCCAUGUUUGACCCAAAGAGAUUGAUAGCUACAGUUGUGAUGUUGCUUUGCCUGAUACUGACUCUGUGUUCUGUGUUCUGGUGGGACAAAAAGCGUUUUGCUGCAGUGUUAUUCUGCAUAUUGCAGUUCUUGGCAAUGACCUGGUAUAGUCUGUCAUAUAUUCCUUUUGCAAGGGAUGCUGUGACUAAAUGCUUCACCUCCUGUCUAGCAUGAAGUAACAAGAAGAACCACUGCACAUUUUACAAGCCAACUUUUACUCCCCUGUGAAUUUUGCUUGGAAAACUCUACUUUUCCACUCAUGAAACACCCAGUAACAAGUUAGUAUUUUCCUUGCCUUUUCCACUUGGGGGUUUAAAUAAUUUUUUUACUAGAAACAGUCUGAACAAUAAAUGGGGUGGACUCUUUGUGUUUACCCUGAAUUGUUUUUUAUUAUUUACUUUUUUUGUUAAAAUACUUUGUGCAGAGUAGUCUGAAAACUACCUUGCAUUCAACAACAGUUUACUCCUCAGUGGAGGCAACCACUAAGAUCUGGGUUGUAUGCAUAAGGAUUUCUUUUACA